AUCCCGUGGUUUUUCAUAUCCUUUCUAAAACCGUGACUCGCGGAAUUGAAAAUUCCCCCAUUAUUAUUAGUAUUAGUGGUGCGCUCUUCCAUUUUCGAAACAAGAGCAAAAACAGGGCAAACACAAUUCCCAAUCUCCAUUACCCUACCCUUUCCAUCACCUAAGAUUUUGUGUUUGGUGCUAAAUUUCAGAGCUCAUAGGAAGAUUAGUGCUCUUGAAUAUGGUUCUUGACAGCAUUCUAGCUUCUCCCCAUAGGAGAUCCCCAUCAUUCAGAAAGCAGUUUCCUGCAAAUGAAUUGGGCAGUUGGUCUACUCUCUUCAAGCGGCAUCGCUUCCUCUUAACCGCUCUAGCACUCUUAACUUUCCUUUGCACAAUCUAUCUUUACUUUGCUAUCACUUUGGGGGCUACGGCAUCGUCUUGUUCGGGUUUGACUGGAACUCAAAGAGAGUUGUGCCGUCUGGAGCAUGCUAAAGCUUCUUUGGCUAACGGCAAAUUAAAAUUUCUAUGAUACACACGUAGGGACUUCAAGGUACAAAACCUUCUCAUGUAUUGGUUCUUCUCUUUGGUGGGAUUUGUAUUUAUAAAAAAAAAAAAAAAUCGAUGAUUACUAUAGAUAAAAAGUUCAUUCAUCCAUUUUGAUUCAUACAUAUAACUUAUAAGAUGUAGCAGAAUGUUAUUAACAUUGCUUUCUUGCAUUAA